AUGGCUCAGCGUGAAGAGAUUCCCCAUAGGCUCGUUCCUUAUAAAUACUGCCCCCUUUCUUCAAACGCUCAUACGCGAGUUCUCAACUUGCAUCCUUCCUUGGACCCCUUGGCGCCUAUCCGGUGCUCAUUAUUCGAGAUCAAUCUAGACCACGAGAAGUCCGAAUAUGAUGCCUUGUCGUACACGUGGGGAAUCCCAAGCUUUACAGAGGAACUUAUUGUUGAUCAGUAUUACUUAAUGAUCACGCCAAAUCUCUUGUAUGCUUUGCAGCGGUUCCGAAUGCCAACCGUGGCUCGUAUGAUUUGGAUUGAUGCAAUCUGUAUCAACCAAGAAGAUAAUGACGAAAAGUCAAGACAAAUCCCUUUCAUGAGGCAGAUCUAUCGCAGUGCGUCAUCAGUAUUUGUUUGGCUGGGUAUUGAUGAAAGUGGUUCUGACUCACUGCGCCGACUCCAUCAUUAUACGAAGCAGCCUGGACCAAGCGUCUCUACGGCAGAGAUCACCCGAGAACUAGGUAACAUCACCAAGCUACCAUGGUUCCAUCGACGCUGGAUAAUACAAGAAGUGGUUUUGAACCCCAAUGUCUUUCUCAAUUGUGCCGGCGUGAGUAUGCCAUGGGUGCGGCUUGUCCAAGCUCUAAGCACGGGAAUAGCGACGGAAGUCAUGAGCUCCCUAGUUACGAUGGCGGACCUUUGGAAGGACUGGAUACUCCGGAAAGAUGAUGCACAACCCCACAUGUUCAAUCUUCUUGCUUCGUUUCACGGCUCCGAAUGCCAAGAUGCUAGGGACAUGAUAUACGCCUUGGCCGGACUGGCAAGUGAUGUGCAAUUGAGAGAUAACAUCAAUAAAAAGGGACGGACUAAAGAGAUAGAUGGGAGGGGUGUAGAGAAGGAGACCGGAGAUCAUGAGAAAACUAUGAUACCUGUUGACUAUACCAUCACCGCUGAAUGUCUUUACCAUGAUGUCGUGGUUGGGUUGCUUGACUCUGGGAACUUAGGGACUGUUGGUCUGUUAGCUCAAUGCGCUAUCAGGAAGACAGCUGAUGAGUCUGACCAAAUGCCUUCGUGGGUUCCCGAUUGGAGGAAACCCAAGAUUAGAGAGCCGCUUUGGUUUUCUCCUCAUAUUCAAGGCCAUUUGGAGCCUCAUAACAGGUCAAUACUGACAAUCAAGUCAUCGAGCAUUUAUCUACUGGGUAAAGUGACUAAUAACAAUGUUAGCGCUAUUUUCCCUAGCGAAUAUUUCGAAUCCGAGAUUCAUGAAUGGUUCUUAGACACAUGGGCAAGCUUAUCUGAGCUACAAGUACAAGCAUCCCAACAUAGUGUGCACCAACACCAACACCAACCUAGCGAACAUAUCCUAGCUCGUUUAGUCAAUACCGUUUUAAAUGAAAAGACACCAUAUGAACAUGACGGGCUGACAAGUUUCAACAUGGAAGGCUUUCAUAAAUCAUGGGCCGAGUAUCGAGGGUAUCUGCAAAGAGUCUGCGAGGACAUACAACAAGGGUCAAUAAACAAAGAAUUUUACAAAUAUACUUGGAACUAUAUGAAAGGACGCACUAUCUUCAUUUGGCAGGACGCCGCUAAGUCUCAGCCACAGUACGGGUUUGGACCCUCCCAUACCCAACCAGGAGACACGAUACUUGCUCCGGAGUCCUCCACUUUCCAGGCAUUCUUCAAUACUGGCAUGCGGCCAUUGAAUACGAAUAAGUCGUCUCUCCUACUUAGGAAAUCUCCCGACGAAAUCGACUUGCCAUUUGAACGGAAAGACCGUGUGCUGCCGGGGAACUUUCGAUUAGUUGGGGACUGUCAGAUUAUGCUAUACUCUGGGCGUACUAUCCACGACUUGACAAAGGAAUCUGAUGAUUAUGCACCUUUAAGUUUUUCUUGGUUUCGACAAUUCUCUAUAUCGUAGUAUAUGCUCCUUUGAUUAGGUUGUAUAGGUACCUAUCCCGUGUGUUCCAUUUGUUAAUGAAUUAGAUUCGAUAACUAGUUGAAUAACUCAACUAUGUACCUGGAGGAGUAGAAACUGUUAUAUUAGGUUGGGUACACAUCAAUCCUUCCAUCUAAAAUGGCACCAGUAUCCCUGAGCAGGUGAGGUAGGGCUGGCAGGUAUUCUCAAUCUUGGUUAGCUCGGAAAUUUCGGAAGUCCUACCCUAGUUUUAUAGGGGUUUUAUUCGCUGAUCUAUCCGAUCGACAUCGCCAAGAAUGUUGCCUUAUCGUAGCUUACCUGCCUGCCUGCUAGCCUGUCUACGUCCCCUCACUACACGCCUACACACUAUGUACGGCACAGACAAAGUUAGUUUGGAAUACUCCGCCAUACUGUUGUUGGCUGCCUCAUGCUUAUAUGCAGGACUAGUUAUCGUCUAAGAGAUGCCUUUUCUUGAUUUCGACGGAUCCUAACGGACUUACUUGAUUGGAUCGAACCUCGCAUUGAUCAUUUCCGCCAGGUUGUUCUCCGGGGUGACUCAGCCCUUCGGCGGCUGAGCCAGGGACCCAUUAGGCUAUAGUUGCCUUGAUAUCCACUGUUUAUCGUCUACCGGAAGCGAUUGGGUAGUUAAUGCAUAUGCAUCAUUCAACGGUGACGAGAAGUUCUAAGAAGGAUGAGCUACUG